CGGUCACUGUUGAUCUUCGGAGCCAAACAAAGACAGAGAAGGUAUUUAACCCCCUGCAGAGCCCUUAAAACCCCUUCUGAGCUCCAAACCCCAACAGCUGAGGAAAUAACGGGGUGUUUUCCUUACCUUUUCUGCAGAGUAUCGCUUUCAGCUGACUCUGGUAGAGCCGCUAUGACUGAAACAACAGUUUACUCCGGCAGCGGGCUUGUCCAUAUUAAAAACCCACACUUGGACUCAAUGGAGGAGGACAUGCUGUAUCACUUGGACUUGGGAACCAAGACGCACAACCUGCCAGCAAUGUUUGGGGACAUAAAGUUUGUCUGCAUUGGUGGAAGCCCAAACAGGAUGAGGGCAUUCGCCCAGUUCAUGCGCAAGGAGCUGGGACUGGCAGGCGAUGGGGAGGACCUGGCAGACAUUUGCGCAGGGACGGACCGCUAUGCCAUGUACCGGGCUGGGCCAGUGCUCUCCAUUAGCCAUGGGAUGGGUAUCCCUUCCAUUUCCAUCAUGCUUCAUGAACUAAUUAAACUUCUGCACCACGCAAAAUGCUGAGAUGUUACUAUUAUACGCAUUGGUACUUCUGGAGGUUUAGGCAUCAAGCCCGGGACUGUUGUGAUCACAGACACAGCAAUGGACUCCUCCUUCAAGCCACGGUUUGAGCAGGUGGUGCUGGAUGACGUGGUGGUGCGGAGCACAGAGUUAGACAAGGACCUUGCAAAGGAGCUUCUUGCCUGUAGCAAGGAGGUUCCUGACUUCCCUACACUCAUCGGCCAUACCAUGUGCACCUAUGACUUCUAUGAAGGUCAGGGGAGAUUAGAUGGAGCAUUGUGCUCUUUUUCCAGUGAAAAAAAGUACUUAAAAAGAGCUUACAAUGCUGGCGUGAGGAACAUCGAAAUGGAGUCCACAGCAUUCGCUGCCCUGUGCAGGUUGUGUGGCCUGAAAGCCGCUGUUGUUUGUGUGGCACUCCUGGAUCGCCUGGAGGGGGACCAGAUCCGGGCACCCCAUGAGCUGCUGUGGGAAUACCAGCAGCGGCCCCAGCGCUUGAUUGCAGCCUUCAUCCGAAAGCAGCUGGGGCUGUGCCCUCCAGCAGGAAACAAGCUUUUCUCCACAAACUGAUGGGUGAUGCAGCACAAGCAGUGCAGGCUUGCUCUCCCAUGCCAGGCACACCACAUCCCCUUUUUCUGCGAAAUCGAAAAGACUGACUUGGUCACGAUGCACUCCCAUGGACAAGUGCCCUCCAUGGCUGAGUGGGGCAGCUGGAUCCAGUGAACAUCACCAUGCAGGAGCUGGAGACCUCCAAAGUGGCUUGAAUUACACCAACAACCUGCUCACCCAAGGACAGCUCCAGACAAUAUUUGUACACAAAUUAAGAGUGUUUUACCAAA